AGCCGAAGAUGUCGGUUCGGUCAUGUGAUCAGCUGUGUCCAAUAACAGCUGAUCACAUGGGACAUGUACACUGAUCAUUAGGGCACUGAUGAUCAGUGUGCCCUGAUGAUCUGUGUAGCCCCAACAGUGCCACCUGUCAGUGUCCAUCAGUGCCAGCUGUCAGUGCUCAUCAGUGCUACAUAUCAGUGCCUACCAGUGCACAUCAAUGCCACAUAUCAGUGCCCAUCUGAGCUGCCUUUCAGUGUCACCCAUCAGUUCCAGUUAGUGCCACCUAUCAAUGCCAAUCAGUGCUGCCAAUCAGUGCCAGUCAGUGCCGCCUAUCAGUGCCAGUCAGUGCUGCCUAUCGGUGCCUGUCAGUGCCGCCUAUCAGUGCCUGUCAGUGCCGCCUAACAAUGCCAGUCAGUGCCGCCUAACAGUGCCGCCUAUCAGUGCCAUGUAUCAGUGCUGCCUUUCAGUG